AUGUCACUUCUAUUAUUUACUAGUUCUAAUUCUGAUGACUAUUUUACUUUUAAUUAUAUGAAAGUCCUUACUAAUUUCGUUUCAGUUGGAAAUAUUAUUGUUUCUCUUUGUUUUAUUCUGGCUUUGAGAGGACUAUCAACACAAAUAAGUGCUAAAAUGGGAAAUAUCUAUGGGAUUAUUGGAAUGUGCGUUGCUUUUAUUACUGCAAUAAUUUCAAAGUGUUGUGACUUUCUUAAUGCACCUACUUCAUCUGACGCACUUGAUAGAAAUGAAAUUCUUUAUUUACUUGUUGGGUAUUUAUCUUGUUUAAUUCCAGCGGCAUGUAUUGGUAUUUUUAUUGCAUCAAGAGUAGAAAUGGUUCAAAUGCCACAAUUAGUAGCAGGAUUUCAUUCAUUUGUAGGACUUGCAGCAGUAUUUGUUGGUUUUGCACAUUGGAUUAAAGAUGCAUCAUCUUACCAACAAGUCCAUGAGCUUAAAACAAAUGAAGAAAAGGAAGAAGCCAAUAUAAUGCAUUUGACAAUGAUUGGACUUGAAACAGUUUUAGGUAUUUUUAUUGGAGGAAUGACAUUUACAGGGUCUCUUGUUGCAUUUGGAAAAUUACAAGGAAUCAUUAGAUCUAAACCACUAAUUAUUGGAGGAAAUUUCAGACAUGUUUUAAAUGCAGGUUUAGUUAUUUUUGGAUGUUUAUUAUGCAUUCCAUAUAUCGCUAGUGAAGUCAUUGUAAUGAAUGACAUUCCCGUUUUUGGAGAUACUGUUUCUAUUACUGAUAUUCAAAAAUAUAGUGUUUAUUUCAAUGCUGGUAUUCUUAUUCUUGUUACUUUAAUUUCAUUCUUUAUUGGAUGGCAUAUGGUUAUGGCUAUUGGAGGUGCUGAUAUGCCAGUUGUAGUUUCAAUGUUAAAUUCAUAUUCAGGAUGGGCUACAGCAGCAUCAGGAUUCUUAUUAAAUAAUUAUGCUAUGAUUGUUGGAGGAGCAUUAAUUGGAUCAUCAGGAGCUAUUUUAUCAUAUAUUAUGUGUAAAGCUAUGAAUAGAUCAUUCAUGUCAGUUAUUUUUGGAGGAUUUGGAGCAACACCAUCUAAAACAAGAAACCAAGAAGAUGAAGGACCUAAAGAAGCUAAUACAAUUCAAACACCAGAACUUGCUAAACUUUUAAUGGAAGCACAUAACAUUGCUAUUGUUCCAGGAUAUGGAAUGGCAGUUGCAAAAGCACAACAUGUAGUUGCUAGUCUUGCAGAAGAAUUAAUUAAAGCAGGAAAAGAAGUAAGAUUUAUUAUUCAUCCAGUUGCAGGAAGAUUACCAGGACAUAUGAAUGUAUUACUUGCAGAAGCUAAUGUACCAUAUAAAAUUGUAUUUGCAAUGGAAGAAGCAGAAGAUUUAGAAAAUGUUGAUGUUGCAAUUGUUGUUGGAGCAAAUGAUACAGUUAAUCCAAUAGCAGAAACUGACCCAACAUCACCAUUAGCUGGAAUGCCAAUUAUUGAUGUUUAUAAAGCUAAAGUAUGUGUAGUUAAUAAAAGAUCUCUUAAUCAAGGAUAUGCAGCAGUAGAUAAUCCAUUAUUUUUCUAUUCUAAUACAAGAAUGUUCUUAAGUGAUUGUAAGAAAGGAUUUGAAGAAUUAAAUUCUGAAUUAAAAAGAUUAAUGGGUGAUAUUGUUUUAGGUAAUGGUGAUAUUAGUGUAUCUGAAAAGACUAGUUUAUUGACUGGUCAGCAAGAAACAAUUCCUAUGAAAAUUGAUCCUGAAAAUUUAUUUAUUGGUAUUCCAAAAGAAAAUGUACCAGAAAAAAUGGUUGCUAUGGUUCCAUCAGUUUGUAAACAACUUAGAUCAAGAGGGUAUGGUAUUUAUGUAGAAUCUGGAGCAGGUUUAUUAUCAUCAUGUACUGAUGAAGAUUAUAGAAGUGUUGGAUGUCGUAUUGCUGAAACAACAGAAGAAUUAUAUGAAAAAUCAAAUAUUAUUUGUAAAGUAAAUCCACCAAGUGAAGAAGAAAUUAAUAAAAUGAGACAAGGACAAACAUUAAUUUCAUUUUUCUAUCCAGCAAAGAAUUCUAAAUUACUUGAUCUUUCAGUUCAAAAAGGAAUUAAUGUUAUUUCAAUGGAUUGUGUACCAAGAUUAUCUAAAGCACAAUGUAUGGAUGCAUUAUCAUCACAAAAUAAUCUUGCAGGAUAUAGAUGUGUUAUUGAAGCAUCAAAUAAAUUUGGUAGAUUACUUAUGGGACAAGUUACUGCAGCUGGUAAAUCACAACCAGCUAAUGUACUUGUUAUUGGAGUUGGAGUUGCAGGACUUGCAGCUAUUUCUACUGCUAAAGCACUUGGAGCACAAGUUAAAGCAUUUGAUACUAGAAAAGCAGCAAAAGAACAAGCUGAAUCAGUAGGAGCUGAAUUUUGUACAGUAAGUGUAGAUGAAGAUGCAGAAAAUAAAUUUGGAUAUGCAAAUGCAGCAUCCCAAAGACUUAUUGAUGCCGAAUAUGCAUUAUUUAGACAAUUAUUACCAGAAACUGAUAUUGUUAUUACAACAGCAAAUGUUCCAGGCAAGAAAUCACCAAUUUUAAUUACUCAAGAUAUGGUUGAUUCAAUGAAAAUAGGAUCAGUUAUUGUUGAUUUAGCAGCUGCUAAUGGAGGAAAUUGUGAAGUAACUCGUAGUGGAGAAACAUAUCUUUAUGAUAAUAGAAUUACCAUUAUUGGACAAACUGAUUAUACAGUUAAAAUGUCACCACAAGCAUCUCAAUUAUAUUCUCAAAAUAUAUUUAAUUUCUUAAAUUUAAUUUGUAAGAAAGCAAGUGAUUUUACUAUUAAACUUGAAGAACCAAUUGUUAGACAAAUGGUAGUUUGUUCUGCAGGACAAAAAAUGUGGCCAGCACCUCAAAUCCAAGUUGUUAGUCAAAAUACACCAGCAAAGAAAGUUGAAAAUAUUAAUACUCUUUCAACUGAAGAAGAAAAUAAAAAAUCAUUCCCUAUUGGAAAAAUUAUUGGGUUUGGUUGUAUAAUUCUUCUUGUUAUAUUUAUGUUAUUUAUGCCAGAAAUGUUUGUUACAGCAUUUAUGUCAUUUGUACUUGCUAUUAUUGUUGGAUAUUAUGUUAUUUGGAAUGUUACAAGUGCACUUCAUACACCUUUAAUGUCUGUUACUAAUGCUAUAUCUGGUAUUAUUGCAGUUGGAGGAAUUACAAAUAUUUCAUUGAUUGAUCCAUCAACUGAUCUUUUCUAUUUUGUUGCUGUUACUAUUGUUGGAUGUUUAGCUGUAUUUAUUGCAUGUUUGAACAUCUUUGGAGGUUUCUUCAUUACAUACAGAAUGUUGAAAAUGUUCCAUUAG